GAGAGAAUCAUGUGAAGAAAUAUGACCAAUUUUAAAGGGUAGGAGAGAGAGAGAGAAAAAGAAGACUUCCCAGAAGGGAAACCAAUUAACCCCUCUACUAAAUACAAACUUGUGAAGUUGUAAACUCACCAUUUUCCAAGCACAUAUCUCUCUCUCUCUCUCUCUCUCUAUUAUUUUCUCUCUUGCAUUGCUCUUCGUGCUCAUGGAAGUUAACACCACUGGUGCACCUGCAGAGCCACCUGGUCUAGCAGCAGCCAACCAUACUCGUAAAAAUCACUCUUCACAUUUUCAUAACCAUGGCUUCCAUCACCACCAUGGAGCGUUUCCUUCAAAAUCACUCAUCAUAAUUGUCAUAUCCAUCUUCUCAGUUGUGGCCCUUCUUGCCAUUUUUCUCAUCAUAUUAAUGCUUCGACGACUCAAGUCAGCCAAAAAAAACAAUGCCCUUUACAAAGCCAGUAAUAGCAUCAGCAAUGGAAGUGGCAGUUUUGUUGCUCAAACGGCCAUAAACUUCGAUUCUAGCCCAGAAAUAAGAGGUGGCUGCCUCUAUGGAGGUCAUUUGGGCAAGACACAACCACAAAGAUACAAGGCAGUUCAAAUUUUCACAUACAAGGAGCUUGAAGUGGCCACAGCCGGAUUUAGUGAAGCAAACGUUAUUGGCAGAGGAGGUUUUGGCGUGGUGUAUAGGGGGGUCCUUAGAGAUGGGACUGAGGCAGCUAUUAAGAUGCUUCAUAGGGCUGGUAAGCAAGGGGAGCGUGCUUUCAGGGUUGAGGUAGACUUGCUAAGCAUGCUGCACUCUCCAUUCUUAGUGGAGCUGCUUGGCUAUUGUGCUGACCAACAUCAUAGGCUCCUUAUAUUUGAAUAUAUGCCCAGUGGAACUCUCCACCACCACCUUCACAGUGAACAUCAGCCGUUGGAUUGGGGAACUCGAUUGAGGAUAGCCCUUGAUUGUGCCAUGGCCCUUGAGACCCUCCAUGAGCAUGCUAUCCCACCAAUCAUCCAUCGAGAUUUCAAGUGCAGCAAUGUCCUCUUGGAUACAAAUUUCAGGGCCAAAGUAUCAGAUUUUGGAUUGGCCAAAAUGGGGUCAGACAAGAUCAACGGUCAGAUUUCAACGCGUGUGUUGGGGACCACAGGAUAUCUGGCACCAGAGUAUGCUUCAACAGGGAAGCUUACAACAAAAUCUGAUGUAUAUAGCUAUGGAGUGGUUCUUCUUGAGCUGCUAACAGGGCGUGUUCCAGUUGAUACCAAGAGACCCCCUGGAGAACAUGUCCUUGUUUCAUGGGCCCUUCCAGGGUUAACUAAAAGAGAAAAACUAGUGGAGAUGGUUGACCCAGCAUUAAAAGGCCACUACUCAAAGAAGGAUCUAAUUCAGAUAGCUGCUAUUGCAGCAAUGUGUGUACAGCCAGAAGCAGAUUAUAGACCUCUAAUGACUGAUGUUGUACAGUCACUAAUUCCACUGGUUAAGAACUCCUCUGUUGCUUCCUCCGGCUCCACUAGAUUUCAGAGCCAAAGACCAAGUCCAAGUCCCAAGAAUUUGAGAACUCAAUGAAAACUGGAUAAUCCAUCCAGAUAUCAGAUCACCAACUUCCCUGAUCUGCUAAUAGAGUUUGAUAAGAAAAUCAUACAAAUUCUUAUGGGCAACAAUAUCCCCCCUCCAACAAAAAAGUACUUUGUUAGCCAGGCAUUUCAACUACUGCUGAAACCUCAGUGCAACAAUAGGAGUAGCAAUAGAUUUGGGUUCUAACAGAUGUUACGACCUUUAGGUUGCAGCCAAGUACAUAGGACUAUUGAGCACGUGGAUAUGUACUGUCGAUUUGUCUUAAAAUGUGGGAGAUUUAUGGGGUUUGGCCGUUUGGUUCAAUUUUAAAAUCCUUUCUGUAAAAGCAAGCAUUACAGUAGAAUUUCAGUGUGUUGUAAUAUAUAGAUCAACAGAGCAAUAAAACUGUCUUUUUUGUU